UAAUUCAAUAUGGCGACACACAUGUCGAGGUGUAGAACUUGGGGCCGUGUUCAGAGGUAAUUUUCACGUUAAUCUUAAAACAGUUGCCUCUGUGAUUGCACUGACUUUACUGAAAUAUGUAUGUACUUAUUCGUGAUCAGCUAGCUGGCCAACCGUAGCCUAGCUAGCUAGCUAGCUGUCAAACUAGCAUGCAAACAAGCUAGCGUAGCUCGUCUUGGAGCUAAGGACAGUCAAAGUCAAACAAAACAAUGUUGUGGAAAGCUAUAUAUAUUUUUUAUAUAUAGUCGGCUCAAACCGAAUAGCAUUAUUGACAGUAACGUUAUAUGCAUGCCAGCGCAGUUGUGAUUUCCUCUAGCUAGCUAGCUAACGUUAGCACUAAGUAGGCAAGACAGAUGUAUUUUAACGAUGUCAGUUAAAUGUAUAUCAAUUAAUCAAAAAAUCUAAGCACGUUUUUGGGCUCAUUCAGUAGUUUUUACGUGAUUAAGUAGAAUCCUGUUGGAAAAUAAUGUUAAUUAUCAUUUAUAUUCUUAAAACAUAAAUUGAAAAUGACUUGGAUUUUAUUUUGUAUUAUUUGUGUAUUUGUUGACAUUUUACUGCAUUGUUAGGCGCUAGCUAGUAACAUAAACAUUUCGUUGCCGCCGCUAUAACAUCUGCUAAACUGUGUACGCGACCAAUAAACUUUGAUUUGAUAAUGUUACUGCUUCCUGUUGUCAUCUAUUUUAGAUUUAUAGCCCAGUGUCAAAACACCGGUUUUAAAUGUCAAAAUUCAUGUUCAACAUGCUGAAAUAGGUUGUGAUAUUUUGAAGACUAAACAAAAAAAUACUCCCGACACACGUGUCACACUUGUUUUCAGAUUACUUACAUUUUGCUAAAUUAGUACCAUAUAAACUACACACAACAUUUACCAGGCGGGCACUCUAAACUGGAAUUGAUUAGCUUGUUGUACUGUAAUCAAUAGCUUGCGCAAAUUAAUCCCUCACAUCGAUAUUCUAAAGAAAUCAAUGGAACUGGGACAAUAACAGCGGCAACAUGUACCAUUUACGCUCUACUAAAAGACAAACCACAACAAAGUUGGGAAUACUAACAUACGUGUUGAUCGUUGAGCCCAUGUAGUAGGUAGCCUAGCGGUUAAGAGCCUUGGGCCAGUAACCAAAAGGUUGCUGGUUCAGAUCCCCUUGACCAAGGCACUUAACCCUAAUUGUUCCUGUGAGUCGCUCUGAAUAACAGCGUAUGCUAAAUAAAAAAAUAAUGAAGUUUAGUAGACAUUUAUCAAUUCAUCCUUGUGCCACAAUGUUUACAGUAGAUGGCCAAUACGAAAAAGUUAAAGCAACACUUUUUGGACAGGAUAAUUUAAACGAAUCAUCAUCUUACUGGUAGUUCUACAUAGUGACAGGUUGGCUUUCAUUUGAUCAAAUGCUUAGUAAACAACAACUAACAGUGAAAUGCCCUUCCCAACAAUGCAGAGAAAGAAAAUGGAGAAACAAUAGAAAAGGAAUAACACAUGAUAUUAAUUGCACAAUGAGUAACUAUAUCCUGGCUAUACGGGUACCAGUACCGAGUCGAUGUGCAGGGGUACGAGGUAUUUAAGGUAGAUACAGUGCCUUCAGAAAUUAUUCACAUUUUUUGUAAUUUAUUGUCAACACAAAAUACUCUUAAUGUCAAAGUGGAAUAAAAAUUCUAACAUUUGCAAAGAAUUUAUGAAAAAUGCAACACUAUCUUUGAUUUGAUGAGUAUUCAACCCCCUAAGUCAAUACAUGUUAGAAUCACCUUUGUCAGUGAUUACAGCUGUGAGUCUUUCUGGGUAAGUCUCUAAGAGCUUUCCACGUCUGGAUUGUGCAACAUUUAUUCUUAAAACAAUUCUUCAAGCUCUGUCAAAUUGGUUGUUGAUCAUUGCUAGACAACCAUUUUCAGGUCUUGCCAUAGAUUUUCAAGCAGAUUUACAGUGCCUUGCAAAAGUAUUCAUCCCCCUUGGCAUUUUUCCUAUUUUGAAUUGGACCAUUUUCCUGUCCUGCUAAGCAUUCAAAAUCUAUGGAGUAAAAAGUACAUUAUUUUCUUUAGGAAUGUAGUGAAAGUGAAAGUUGUCAAAAAUAUAAAUAGUAAAGUUAAGUACAGAUACCCCAAAAAACUACUUAAGUAGAACUUAAGUACAGUGCCUUGCAAAAGUAUUCAUCCCCCUUGGCAUUUUUCCUAUUUUGUUGCAUUACAACCUGCAAUUUAAAUUGAUUUUUUAGAAGUCACAUAAACAACACUUUUUUUAUUCAGGACAAAAAGUUAAUUGCUUUGCCACAUUUUUUCCAUUAUUUUUGUAUUUGUUUUAUCUUUCAGUAUUACUUUAGUGCCUUGUUGGAAAAAGGAUUCACGUUUUGUAAUAUUUUUAUUCCGUACAGGCUUCCUUCUUUUCACUCUGUCAAUUAGGUUAGUAUUGUUGAGUAACUACAUGUUGAUCCAUCCUCAGCUUUCUCCUAUCACAGCCAUUAAACAAACUCUGUAACUGUUUUAGGUCAAUGAUGACUUUCAUGGUGAAAUCCCUGAGCGGUUUCCUUCCUCUCCGGCAACUGAGUUAGGAAGGACUCCUGCUGUAUCUUUGUAGUGACUAUUGAUACACCAUCCAAAGUGUAAUUAAUAACUUCACUAUGCUCAAAGGGAUAUUCAAUGUCUGCUUUUUUUUUUACCCAUCUACCAGUAGGUGCCCUUUUUAUCGAGGCAUUGGAAAACCUCCCUGGUCUAUGUGGUUGAAUCUGUUUGAAAUUCACUGCUUGACUGAGGGACCUUACAGAUAAUUGUAUGUCUGAGGUACAGCGAUGAGGUAGUCAUUAAAAAAUCAUGUUAAACACUUUUGCACACAGUGAGUCCAUGCAACUUAUUAUGUGAAUACUUAUUGACUGAAGACAUUUCAGCUUUUUAUUUUUAAUCAAUUUGGAAACAUUUCCAAAAACACAAUUCCACUUUGACAUUAUGGGGUAUUGUGUUUAGGCUAGUGAUGACAAAUCUCAAUGUAAUUAAUUUAAAAUUCAGGCUGUAACACAACAAUGUGGGUAAAGUCAAGGGGUGUGAAUACUUUCUGAAGGCGCUGUAUGUUAAUAUAACUAGGAAUAGAGUGACUAGGCAACAGGAGAGAAAAUAAAUAGAAUCACCAGCAUAUGAGAUUAGUCAAAGUUAGUGCAAAAAUGGUCAAUGCAGAUAGUCUGUGUAGCUAUUUGGUUAACUAUUUAACAAAUUAUUUAGCAGUCUUAUGGCUUGGGGGUAGAAGCUGUUCAGGGUCCUGUUGGUUCCAGACUUGGUGCAUUGGUACCGCUUGCUGUACGUUAGCAGAGAGAACAGUCUAUGACUUGGGUGGCUGGAGUCUUUGACAAUUCUUAGGGCCUUCAUUUGACACUGCCUGAUAUAGGGGUCCUGGAUGGCAGGGAGCUCGGCCCCAGUGAUGUACUGGGCCGUACGCACUACCCUCUGUAGCGCCUUGCGGUCAGAUGCCAAGCAGUUGCCAUACCAAGCGGUGAUGCAGCCAGUCAAGAUGCUCUCAAUGGUGCACCUGUAUAACUUUUUGAGGAUCUGAAGGCCCAUCCCAAAUAUUUUCAGCUUCCGUUGGGGGAAGAGGCAUUGUCGUGCCCUCUUCAUGACUGUGUUGGUGUGUGUGGACCAUGAUCGAUCCUUAGUGAUGCGGACACAGAGAAACUUGAAGCUCUCAACCCGCUCCACUACAGCUCCGUUGAUGUGAAUGUGGAAGUGCUCGGCCCUCCGUUUCCUGUAGUCCAUGAUGAGCUCCUUUGUCUUGCUGACGUCGAGGUAGAGGUUGUUGACCUGGCACCACACUGCCAGGUCUCUGACCACCUCUCUAUAUGCUGUCUCAUCGUCGUCGGUGAUCAGGCCUACCACUGUUGUGUGGUCAGCAAACUUAAUGAUGGUGUUGGAGUCGUGCGUGGCCACGCAGUCGUGGGUGAACAGGGAGUACAGGAGGGGACUAAGCACGCACCCCUGAGUGGCCCCUGCGUUGAGGGUCAGCAUGGUAUCACCACCUGGGGGCGGCCCGUCAGGAAGUCCAGGAUUCAGUUGCAGAGGGAGUGAUACCAUGACUGUCAAAUCCGUGAAUUUGUUUGUGGCCAGCGACUUUUAUAAAGAGAGCCCCUCGAUUUCUCAAAGUCCUGCGACGGAAAGGCGUGUAUGAUAAAAUCAACGGUACCAAACCAAAGAUAUUACUCUGUUUAAAGCAAUCGAUUUAGUACUAUCUUAAUAACUAUAAACUUCUAUAACAUCAUCACUAAUCUGAGGUAAAAGUAUGUGUAAUUCCACUCAAUUUAUGUGGUGAAAAUGCAAGCUUGUGUAAGGUAACACGUACUGUCCACAUAAGGGAAAUUAGAGCAAUAUAAAAAUGUAAUAUGACAAAAUAAUUCAACAUGUCAAUUUAGGAUGAUAGUAUAUGCUUCCCACUCACAAGCUAUUGCAACAAUUACACCUAUUUCUCACCCAUUUAACCAUUUAGAGAGUUUAAAAAUGCUCUCAAACACAAUUUAACCGGGUACUCUAGACCAGGGUUUCCCAAACUCUGUCCUGGGCCCCUCCCCCCUGGGUGCACGUUUUGCCCUAGCGCUACACAGCUGAUUAAAAUAAUCAACUCAUCAUCAAGCUUUGAUUAUUUGAAUCAGCUGUGUAGUGCUAGGUCAAAAACCAACACAUGCACCCGGGGGGAUGGCCAGGACCGAGUUUGGGAAACCCUGGUCUAGACUAAAGCCUCCAUAGUCUGUGCAGUAGCCUGAACGUUCAACGUCCCUAACGUUAGCGUACACUGGCAACUUGGAUUUCUGGACAAGCACACUUUGGUAUCAUCAGUGGUUGGCAUUUGGUGAUAGCUAUAACAUGUUGGCAGGUGAAUCUGGUACUCAUUUAUGAGAGUUAAGUUCACCUGUAAAGACAUGCUGUUGUUGAUUGCAGCAAUCCAUAAACUAACCUACAUCUUUGCAUUUACAGGUUUGGAAUUGCAGCAUAUAGAAAGUACAGCAGUGGCAGUGGAUAUCCAAAUAUCUCACUCUCUGCACCGUUACCAGGGAUCCCCAAACCAGUGUUUGCAGCAGUGGAUGGGCAUGAACAAUGCGAGACUAAAAUCACUACUUUGGAAAAUGGCCUUAAAGUAGCAUCUCAAAACAAGUUUGGUCAGUUCUGCACGGUUGGAAGUAAGUUGCUACAGAAUUUGAAUAGAGCUGAUCUUUCUUUAUCAUUCUAUUUCAGACCGUCUCUUGCUGCAUAAUCAAAGUAUGACUGAAUAUUGAUUUGAUUUCUCUCUCCUUCCAGUUUUAGUAAAUUCAGGCUCUAGGCAUGAGACAAAAUACCCCAGUGGAAUUGCACACUUUUUUGAGAAACUUGCCUUUUCUGUAAGUGUCACCUGUUUUGAGACAUCUUGCUAGUCAACAAACACCUUGUACAAGAGAUGUUGCACCGUUUUUGCCUCUCACUAUGUUGUCACUUUUGUAGCAUAAGCAAAUUGCUUGCUAUAUUUUUGUUUAUGGAAAAUUAUGACAAUACCCUCUGCAUCUUCAGUCCACAGCUCAGUAUGGCAGUAAAGAUGAAAUUCUUCUCACACUUGAAAAACAUGGAGGGAUCUGUGACUGCCAAACAUCCAGGUAUGAAUAAUUGAUUUGGCUUUAAUGUCCAGGCACAGUAUGUUUUCUCUCUGACUGAUGGAAAGGUCUAGUGUCGAGUCAUGGUGCUCUUUAUCCCUUUUACAUUUACAUUGUAGUCAUUUAGCAGACGCUCUUAUCCAGAGCGACUUACAGUUAGUGAGUGCAUACAUUUCCAUACUGGCCCCCCGUGGGAAACGAACCCACAACCCUGGCGUUGCAAGCUACAGGGGACUUUUGAUGUUGUAGAUACAGUACGUAGUUGGCGUGUAUAAAUUAUACAGUACUGCUUUGUGGAAGGGGAUGAAGAUAUUCAGUCAGUUUGAAUGAUGUCUAAGGUUCUAUUCACAGAGACACCACCAUGUAUGCAGUCUCUGCCGAGGUGAAGGGACUGGACACUGUAGUCAGCCUGCUCUCUGACGCUGUAUUGCAGCCACGCCUACUAGGUGAGUCAAUACUGAGUGACAGAUCUUUCAUCAUGUUUAAUGAUGCUUCCCUUAAUGACUAGGGAAAAUGUUGACUUAAUUUAAUUGUCUACAAAGUAACAGACUGUUAAACGUUUUUGUGGGAGUAUAUUUUCAUCAGGGAUGGCUCUGCUUUGGGUUACUAGAUGAGGAGAUUGAGAUGACUAGGAUGGCCAUGCGCUUUGAGCUGGAGGAUCUGAACAUGAGGCCUGACCCUGAACCUUUACUGACAGAGAUGAUCCAUGCAGUGAGUCAUGCUACUGGUUGAUCCACUCUUUAAGUGACAGACAAUUACAACACUCUUGAGCUGCAUGAAAUCUAUUGUAGCACCAUUUCUAAUCGACUUUGGCCCACCUCUCUGCAGUGCGCAUAGAUAAUCAAUUGCACCAUUUGUCGACACAUAUUUCUAUGACAAUACAUAAUGUUUCGCAACACUUACUCUGAACUAGGCAGCAUAUCGGGGGAACACCGUUGGGUUGCCUCGCUUCUGCCCAGUAGAGAGCGUGGAGAAGAUCGACAAGAAGCUGCUACACACGUACCUGCGGAGCUACUACUGUCCAGAGCGUAUGGUGCUAGCCGGAGUGGGCAUCGAACAUGAACAACUGGUGGCCUGUGCCAGGAAAUAUCUGCUGAAUGUAAAGCCAGUAUGGGGAGCCAGUACGCCUACCAACGUCGACCUGUCUGUGGCACAGUACACUGGUGGAAUCGUAAGGGUAAGAGCAGUAUUUUACCCUUUGCUUACUUUUUCCUUUAUUUAUAUUUUCUUUACUAAAUCAGAAUGAAAAUCUUUGUUUUGAUCCUCAGAUGGAUAAGGACAUGUCAGAUGUGAGCCUUGGCCCCACCCCCAUCCCUGAGCUCACACACAUCAUGAUUGGCCUGGAGAGCUGCUCCUUCCUGGUGGGUGCCCACGUUGAUUGGUUGGUGUAGAGGAUCUCCCGCCCACUUGGUUGAACUGUCGCAGACUCUAUGCUAUCCUGUAGCUGGAUAUUCUAUGUAUAAUAUAUGCAUGUUUUGUGUUACAGGAGGACGACUUUAUCCCUUUUGCUGUCCUCAACAUGAUGAUGGGUGGAGGCGGGUCCUUCUCAGCGGGGGGUCCUGGGAAAGGCAUGUUCACUAGACUUUACCUGAACGUUCUCAACAGGUAAGCAUGAUGCAACAUUCACAAUUCUAAUUAAAGUACUUAAGAUUGUAUUAUUUUGUGGAUUCUGUUUGUUCAUUUUUUUUUCUACAGGCAUCAUUGGAUGUACAAUGCCACCUCAUACCAUCACAGUUAUGAGGACACUGGCCUGCUGUGUAUCCAUGCCAGCGCAGACCCUAGACAGGUAGAGCGAGGGGAUUUGGGAGAGGCAUGCAAAGGCAGGACUUUACGAUGUAGAUGAAGGGCUAAUACAAAGCUGCCAUAUGCUUGGAGAAUAACAUCAGGAGAACUGUUCAAAAGAAAACUAUUGUUUUACUUUGUAUGUGUGUUCUCUGAAGUUGUGAAAGUGCUGCUGCCAUUCCAAAGUUGUUGAUUACAACAUCUUGCUUUGUCAAGGUUCGGGAAAUGGUGGAGAUUAUAACCAGAGAGUUUAUUCAGAUGGCUGAGACAGCAGGAGAGGUAAGGCUGGCCAUUAGCCUGGGAGGGGAAAGGAUGUCACAAAGCGACAAUGACCUAUUUUAAAUGGACAAAACUUUCUGAACUUUAAACUCUUUCUUUGAACUUCAAAACUUUGCAUCUCUCUUUCUGUGCUCAGAUGGAGUUGGAGAGAGCGAAAACACAGCUCAAGUCCAUGCUGAUGAUGAACCUGGAGUCACGGCCAGUUAUCUUUGAGGAUGUCGGCCGACAGGUUCUAGCCACAGGGAAGAGGAAGCUGCCACACGAGCUGUGUGACCUCAUCAGUGAGUACUAGUGCCCUGGAUCAUAAUAGUGGAUAUUGAUAUCAGCAAGCCCAGAAUUAAACAUUUGUCAAAACAAUCUUCAGGGAGUAGACUAAUCAUAACUGUCAUGGCAAAUCAGUAGUUCUGUAUGAGGACUUUUCACUCUUUCCAGGUAACGUUACAGUGAGUGACAUCAAGAGGGUCACAACCAAGAUGCUGUGCAGCAAGCCAGCAGUAGCAGCGCUAGGAGACCUGACAGAGGUGCCCUCCUAUGAGCACAUCCAAGCUGCCCUGUCCAGCAAGGAUGGACGCCUGCCUCGCAUGUACCGCCUCUUCCGAUAGACCCCCCUGUGUUUGUUUACUCAGGCAUCACUGUACAUACUGGACACUGGUCUACACUAGUGUUCUCUCAAUAGAGCUGUGCUAAGCUCUGGGAGAGGACUAAUGUUUGGACCUCAACUGCAAAAGAAAGUUGAGAAAGUGGUGAUUUUAACUACAUUUACGUCAUUUAGCAGACGCUCUUAUCCAGUGCGACUUCCAAAUUACAUUUUAUUCGGUUAGGAAAUACCUCUCUGUGCAUUUGGAGAGUCUACAUUUUCUUGCCAGAGGGA